AUGGGAAAGCGAACGACGGUCAUCGUUAAGAAGCGUCCGAACGAGAUGAUGGCGAAACCGCAGCCCGCAAACGAAUCGAAAAUAGAAACUAUAAGCACCCUGAAAUUGGAUAGUGGGCCGACGCGUAGAUAUACCCGCAAGAAGUACCGGGUUUCUGAAGUCGAGCGACAAGGUGUGCCGAAGAAGCUGAAGAUCGCACCCUUGGAGUGGAAAGUGGUGUGGGUAAAAGCGGCGGAGGACGCGGAGGAAGCGGAGGAAGUGGGGAAAGCGGAGGAAGUGGGGGAAGUGGAGGAAGUGGGGGAAGUGGAGGAAGUGCGGGAAGCGGAGGAAGUGGGGGAAGUGGGGGAAGUGGAGGAAGUGGGGGAAGCGGAGGAAGUGGGGGAAGUGGAGGAAAUGGAAGAAGCGGAGGAGGUGGAGGAGGCGGGGGAUGCGCAGCGGGCAGGUUUCAAAAAGUGCUACUAUGAGGCACCUCAAAACGCGGCGGUGCUAGAAGCGGCGGAGGUGGAGGAAGUAAAGGAGGUGAGGGAGGUAGAGGAAAUGAGGGAGGUAGAGGAAGUGAGGGAGCUAAAGGGAAUGAGGGAGGUAGAGGAAAUGGGGGAGGUAGAGAAAAUGGUUGAAAUAAAGGAAGGGAGGGAUGUAGAGGAAAUGAGGGAGGUAGAGGAGGUUGAAGAGGGAAACGAAGUGGCGGAGGUGGUUGAGGUAAAGGAGGUGGGGGGAGUGGCGGAGAUGGGGGAAGUGGCGGACGUGGGGGAAGUGGCGGACGUGGGGGAAGUGGCGGAGGUGGGGGGAGUGGCGGCGGUGGGGGAAGUGGCGGAGGUGGGGGAAGUGGCGGAGGUGGCGGAAGUGGGGAAAGUGGAUCAGCCAGUUGGCCAAGGCGGUCACUAUGCGGUCGAAGAGGCGGUAGAGUUGGCAAAGGCGGAGGAGGCGGAGGCAAUGGCGGAAGGGGUUGGCGAGGGGUCGGGCGCUGCAGGGAAGGUGGGGCGGCAGCAAGGUGAAACGAGUAAGCUUUUGAGACGUCUCAAAAACUUAUCCGUUUCAGCAAAGGCGGAGGAGGCGGAGGAAGUUGAGGAAGGGGAGGAGGAGGAGGGGAACGAGGAGAGGGUGGGGGGCGAGGAGAGGGUGGGGGGCGAGGAGAAGGAGGGGAGGAAGGAGAAGGGAGCGUGCGGGGAUGAAGAAAUUGUGGUGGAAGUGGGGUUGUAUAAAGAGGUGGAAGAGAUAUGGGGUAUGGAGGUGAAAGGAGGGAACACCAGUGCCGUGGGUAUGGUGGAGUUGAAGGAGGUUGGGGGGCACGUGAAGGAGCAGCAGCGGGAAAAGGGAGCACAGGGGAAACAGCGUGAGAAGGGAGGGCAGGUUAAGCAGUGUGAGCGAGGAGGGCAGGGCAGGGUUACCAGGUUACUGCGCAACAGGACGGUGCUGAAGAGAGUGGAAGCAGAGCAGAGCGGUGGGCGGCACAGCGAGCGACAGCCGCAGAAGGAGAUGGAACGGGGAGGAGAGCAGGAAGUGGUGAGAGAAGGUGAGGGGGAAGGAGAAGGGGAGGGGGGAGGAGAAAGGGAAACAAAAUGGGGAGAGGGGGCUGGAGAAGAAGCGGAGUGGAGCAUGGGGAAGAGUGCUGCAGAGGCAAUGUGGGAGGAUAAACCUUUUGGUUCCGCUGGCCCCGCUGGCGAAAUGCCUUUUGAGGCGCCUCAAAAGCCAAUGAGGGAGGAUAAACCUUCUGGUUCCGCUGGUUCCUCUGGCGAAAUGGGCGAAAUGGGCGAAAUGGGCGACACGCAUGAGGAGAAGGGACAGGAAGCUGCUGCGCAAGAGUCUGGGGCGGCUGGAAGUGGGGAGGAGGCUGCAGGAGGGACUGGCAGGAAGAGUGCGCGGAAGGGUGGGGGUAAUGCAAUGAGGACGAGGGGACGCGGGGCGAAGGGAUCGGGAAAGAGUGAGGGGAGUGGGGGUAAGGUAGGGGGGAGAGGGGCAAGUAGGGGAAGCGGAAGGAGGGCAGUGGGGGGGAGUAAAGGAGGAGAGGUAGGAGAGGAAGGAGGAGGCGAGCUUGGAGGGGAGGUGGGAGAAGACGUGGGAGGGAAAGGAGGAGGAAAUGGAGCAGGAGGAGAGGAGAGUGACCAAGUGGGAGGAGAGGAAGAGAGGGAAGGGUUGGGAGAGAGCGAAGGCAUGGGGGAAGGAGAGGAGAGCGAUGGGAGCGAGGGCAUGGGGGGAGGAGCGGAGAGCGAAGAGAGCGAGGGCAUGAACGGGAAUGCGGGAGGGGGGAGCAGAGGGAGGAGGAGGAGGCGGAAUGCGUACAUUGCAGAUUUGGUGGAGGCGGAGAGGAGAGAGGGGAUGCACAUGGGAGAGGACGAGUAUGAGGACUUGGAUGGGUGGAUUGUGUUUGAGAAGGACAAGUACGAGCGCGGCGAGUUUGUGUCUGCUGUUGCUGUGGCGUGGCGACAGGCAGCUGAAGGCUGGAGGCAUGCUGGAGAGGGAUUGGUCCUGUGA